AUGUCCUCCAACACAGACCCCCAGCAACUCUUCGCCUCCAUGUCCACCUUCGUAACAGCCUGCAUGGCCAACCACGACCCCUCCCACAACCCAGCCCACGUCCACCGCGUCGUGUCUCUCGCCCGCAGAAUCCUCCAAGCAGAACAACUCCUCUCAUCCACAUCCUACGACCCCACAACCGUCAACCUAGCCGCCCUCCUCCACGACAUCGGCGAUAGGAAAUACGUCACUCACGUUGCCGAAGCGGCAGGAGGAAAUGACGACGCCCUUGAUCCGAAGAAGAUGGUAAAGCAUGCGUUGCUGGCGCACGGGGCGGAUGAGGGUCUCGCGGAGAAGGUGCAGACGAUUGUCUCGCAUGUCUCGUAUACGACUGAGUGUGCGGACCCCGCGAAAGUGAAAGAGUUGAUUGCGGGUGGAUAUCCUGAGCUGGCGAUUGUGCAGGAUGCGGAUCGGUUGGAUGCGAUUGGAGCUGUGGGGAUUGGGAGGUGCUUUACGUUUUUGGGGGCGCAGGGGCAGAAGUUUGUUGCGAAGGGGGCGGCGUGGGAGAUGGGGAAUUCGAUUGAGCACUUUGGGGACAAGCUGGAGCGGUUGGAGGGGAUGAUGAAGACGCAGACAGGGUGGAAGAUGGCCAAGGUGCGGACUGAGCGGUUGAGGGAGUUUAGGAGUUGGUGGGAGGAGGAAGUGAGUCUUGCGAGUACGUAUGAUAUUCAGCAGUAA